AUGCCUUCUAUCGAUUCAGGUGAUCCAAUAGCAUCCGGAAUUAUAGAUAUUUCUGAAGAAGUAGAUAGCGUGGCAGAUGAGUUAUCAGUGGAGACGAAACAGGUUCUUGAGGAAAUUGAAUUAA